CAGUUUACUAAGAUAGAAAAACACCAUAGAGAUAAUGAUAAACCAUAACGGAACAAGGAUAGUUAAAGAUGGAGACGAUUAAUGCGGAUUGCAAAUGACGAACGUGAGAAAUUUAGGCAAACUUUUCAGGAUGUGUAAACCGCAACGUAGCUCCUUUAGGACUUGAACAUUUUACUAAUUUCUUCAGUACCCUCCGGUUUGCGUUUUGUGAAAUGAAGGGAAAGACUGGGAGUAUCGUGGCCCCCUGUUCUGGAUGGGAGGCAAAUUUAAUUCCCUACCUCUCUAGCUCCCUUUCACUAACCCAAAUAAACUUAGUUCACGGUUAUCUGUCGUCGCUGUCAUAACUGAGUUGUGAACCAAGUGACGCAAAGUGCACGAAUAAAACUUCCUUUCAUUUUCUGCAGUCGGUGGAGAGACCGUUAUACAAUCAGAGAUCUAAUGGUCAAAAUACACAUUUUCUCCUGGCAGAAGAAUACGUCUCAUCGUCAUUCAAAAUUUAAAAAUUUUCCUCUAAGGCAAAUGUUAUCCCCCUAAAUUGGCUUAUGUUCUCGAAAAUCUGACCACUUAGACUUAAAUCUUUAGGAAGAGUUCAAAGAUUUUACCUUGUUCCAAAAUUGUAAUCUUUGACAUCCUUUUUACUAAGUUAGCUCUCUUGGAUUUUGAUCAGUAAAAAAAACCUGGACAGGUUUGUUCUAAGGCAUAUUGUAGGAAAACAAUGCAAUACUGAUGCUGCUUUCAAUUACCGGGCCCCGGUUGCCCCACGCACAUAUAUCAGGAUUUAAGAAUGGUAGUGCCGUGUGUCGGCAACUUUAUUAGUGUUUCAUGGAGGAUUCAUGGUUAUCAGGAACAUCUGGAAUCGGAGGAAUAUUUUAUUUCACAGUGAUUUUACUGCACAUGACACAGUUGAUAGUGUCCUUACAUGGCGAGGUAAACAUGAUGAGAUUCAUCCACAAUUCGUAGAAUUCUGAUUUACAUAAUAUGCCAUAUUCAAGAAAUACUAUUUAUGAAGGUAGCAGUACACCGUUUCGGAAAGUGUGGCAGGCGUUGUGGUCGAUCUGAUCGAGACACCUGGGUCCCGGAGAAUUGCCGAUCUAGAAUUGUUGGGGGAAAACUGAAAGAAUAUUGCUGAGUAACCUCCCAUUCAGGCAGAGUAGCAAUACUCCUAUCUGCAUCACACUAUAAAAAACAGAGGUAUGAUCCUUUUGGGUCUUUUCUUUUAAGGCUUAACUUGCUGGAAAGUAAACUCUGAAUUCUAUCGUGUUGACAGUUGACUUGUUGCUUAGUAUAGACUCGCAUAAAAAAAAUCCUAAAAGUCGUUGAGUAAGGUUUAUUUAGUAUAGUCGAACCUCCAGUUGAGACCACCUCUCGUAAGCGACCACCUCUCCUCAGCGACCAGUUUUCCAAAAUACCAAAAUUAUCCAAGCCAAAUCACUAUAAUUGAGACCUCUUGUACGCGACCACCUCUCGUUAGCGACCGCGACCACUUUGAGAGCUAAAAGUUUGAAAUUUUCUUUUGCUUUUAACCUUUCGUAAGCGACCACCUGACAGGUAAUAGAGGGGAAAUUGGAUAACAAGGUGUUGUAACAUUAUCGUAUUCCUGGGUAGUACAAGAAACGGAAAUUUUCCAAUAGGAAGAACCGGAUUUUUUCUCGAAAUUGACUUUAACAUAAAUAAAACACUGGCGCAGUUAUGCACUUUGCAGUUACCAUAUCCUAAUGAGGAAAAAUUUUGACCCAAUAUGGUCUUAACUCUUGUAAGCGGCCACUUCCCAUAAGCGACCAAUAAGCGGGUCAACUGUAUUUUAAAACUGAUGUCCCAAUCGAAGAAUAGUUUAAUUUUGGGUACGAAUCAACUAGUAACUGCUGUAAGCCGUUGUCUAGUGGUGAGUUUCAUCUUGAAAGUAGCAGCUGUUUCGUCGCUUUCCCGCGGUAGAAAACAAAGCGGCGUCGUUCUUUGAAGGCAGAGGGAAAUGGCAACGAUUCUCUCCGAAGACUGUGUGAUGCUAAUAAAUAAUGCUGGCAUUAUCUUUAUUUUUUCACCACUCACUAUUAAACAACAGCAAGAGAUUAUGUGGCAACAACUGGGAAAGCUGCUCUCAUCAAUGACAUGGAUGCGAAUUUUCCUGGUCUAAAAUUAAAGUCAACAGCAUAAACGGUUACUAUUAAUUGGGAAAAGAAGCAAUUUGUGAACUUCUAAUAUAGAUUGUUGAAGUUCCAGUUAUAUGUUCGCAUUGUCUGAAAACAAAAGGGCAUCCACAAACGAAUUUUCACUUAGAAGAAACACUUGCGACCACUAAAAGAUAAAAUUUUAUCCAUGAGCACAUUUGUUAUCUAAAAAACAAAUUACCUAGUAUUGAGAAACCAAAGUACCAUCAACCAGUUACUAAUAAAAAUAGCAAGGACGCUAUAAUUUCCGUGUAAAACCCCUCUUAAUGUCAAUUUUUGUGUACUUUAGACUUCUUAUUCCGUAGUUUCUGCAGCUCCUGCCAGAAUGUUCGACUGAAUUGAAAGCGGAGCUAUGACAUCUUGGAACUAAACGCGUGAUUUCUCACGAACUGCAAAGCUUCCAAAUGUAAACAGGAAGCUGAAAAAAAUCAAAAUUACUGACAUGCAUGUCAUCCAUGGGGGCUAUUGUUUUAAUCUGUCUUCUUUGCCCAGCUGAAAGUGUUAAUUUUGCAUUUUUUUUACCCAGUAGGAGAUCAUCUCAAGAUAUAAUUUACAAACACAACUUUGAUUUUAAUAAAUACAUUUCUAUUCCAGAGAUAAUAUUACAGUUGUUUUGAAUGAGGUUUGUGCUUUCGAUUUCCCCUUGGUCUGUGGUAUUACGAAACGAGUUGAAAUAGAUAAUCUUCUCGUUCGAUAUUUCAUUCGUCGACCAAUACGGAAUUCUUUGGCAAAAGGCCGAGAAAGACGAACGGCUUCCGUGCGUAUUUUUAGGAUACUUCCGCUUUGUGACUUAAAUAACCCACGUUUCAAACUUUCUGCACGAGUAUCAAAUUAAGGGAACUGAACAACUGAAUAAACUGAACAAAAACUACUUGGAAAGCGGCUUUGAGCUAUUUACACAUGUACUUGUCAAGGUUGCUGAAGGUUUAUCAGCUUAGUUAUCAAUUUUAGCUACGUAGCGCUCCUUGGAAGACCUCCGUAUCCGAACAAACCGCACCUGCUACGGCAACUAAGAGGCUUUUAUUUUACUGAGCGAGAUGAACAAUACGGAAAACGCCACUACAUUUUUUGAACUCGAGGAAGAGCAUCACGAGGAGGAGGUCGGUGACGUCGCAAAGAUUAUCGUCAUCGGUGCUUACGCAAUUAUCCUCCUGUUGUCAUUCGUGGGCAAUUCGCUGAUCCUCCAUAUUGUACGCACACGUCAGAGCAUUCGUCAAAACCCUUUCAACUGGCUUUUAGUCAACACAGCACUUGCUGAUUUCUUGAAUGUGAUUACAGCGUCCUCCUUUACUGUGCCAAUAUUCUUGUGUGGAGAAUGUUGGUUAUCAGGGACAACAGGAACAAUACUUUGCAAGUUAAUUCCAUUUUUCUUAACCGUCUCCAUUUGUGUUUCCAUCUGGAGCCUGGUCAUCAUUGCAGCCGACAGAUAUCUGGCGAUAGUAUGCACGGUUCGUCAGAACAAGAGGCCAUUGUCCGGCACGUCUGUGUUAAGGUGUAUUGCAGCCGUCUGGUUCUUUGCCGGUUUGAUAUUCAGUUGGGAACUUUAUCAGUACACAGUAGAAGAGGAGGACGAUGACGUUGCCGUGUGCCUCGCUCAGUGGCACAAGGACUGGGAAGAGCUCUCCAUCAUCCUUGUUAAAGCGGAAAUGAUUGUUAAAGUUGCCUUCACCUAUGCAAUCCCGCUUGUCAUCAUGGGAGUUCUGUAUUCGUUGAUCGCCAAGUUCCUGUGGAGUCAUAAACCACCAGGAAGUACUACCCAGCUGACGCAUGCAAAGCGCACAAGGAGCUUCCGAGGGGUAAUCAAGAUGCUGAUGACAGCUGUCGCUGUUUUUGCACUAUGUUGGCUUCCUGUGCACGUUGGUCACAUAAUGUCCGGAUUUUUUCGCGAUAGCUACGACACCAUUCCUUUUAUGAUCCAGGUACUGCUCUAUUGGGUGGCUCAUGCUAAUUCUGCAAUACAUCCCUGGCUGUUCAUUGCCUUCAGCGAAAACUUGAGGAGAGAAGCCAAAGAAAUUCUUCAGAUAUUUCAGGGCUGUUGUAAUGGAAAGAAAAACGUUUUCGACCAAAUAAGACUACGUACUUUCUCCCUGCCAACCUUGAUCACCACUCCUGAUAUGUCUUCUCGUAGGGCAAACACAAUGAAAAGAGGCUCUUACGUUAUUACGACCACUCCCUGAAUUUUCAUGGAAUCAGUUUUUAAAAUUGCUCCAGCAAAUGACGUAACAUUUUUUUCUUCCACACUGUUCUUUAACGCAUGCGAUAUACAAAACAUAACUUCUUCGAUGAAAUGAGACAUUGUACAGGUUUAGCUGACACCUUAUUAAAACAGAUCUGCCAUCUGAGAAGAUUGUCCUUGAAAAACACCGUGAAUAUGAACGAUCAUCAGCGAUCUGAAGCAGUCCAGCUGCUAACGACCAUAAUUGUCCACUUUUUGAUAUAAGCAUGCAAAACUUUGCCACAUAACUUUCAUUACUGUGACAAACAUUUUCAGAUAUGACGCCAGCCGCGCACGUCCCAAAUCUCGACUGCAUAAAAACAAGGCUCAGACAAACUGUAUUUUGCAGGGUAGUUUCUAUAUAUAAGUAUCUUUUUGAAUCGUGCUCGCGUCUGCAUGCGCGAUAUUUUGUUUCAGUUGUGGUUACCAGCCUUAAUGAUUGCUAAUGUAGAACUAAUUUAAUGAGUAGCGCAUGAAUUCCAAAAUAUAUAUCGUUCAGUUCUGGAAUUCCUUGAGAAAAUACGAUUAUAAGGGUGUGUAUGUUAAUGAAUUUAAGUGUCAAUUUAUUAAUUUAGCAAUGCUGGACUAAUUCAGGACAUGCCACACAACAUAUUUUAAAUUAGCAAAGAAAUAUUGAAAAGCAAACAAAAAGGCCAAGAAGCCCAACUGGUGUUCGGGGACAAACCGUUGGCUAUUGAAAAUCGCUGCCACCUUAAAAUUAAAGCUGAAGUUCUGAAGUUCUUUUACCUGAAGCCCUGAUUGUAAAACCGUGAUAUCGUUUGAUAUUAUUCGCAGAUUGAGACAAUGUAAUGGUGUUGGGGAAGAUUGGGUUCUAGCAGUUUACCAACUUUUUAUCGAGUCACCAUAAAAUAAGGCCAAAUUGUUGUACUUAAAACGGACAAGUGGCCCAAAAUUGUCACUGAAUUACGUCAUUGUGACGCGCUUUGCAAUAUGUCCAACAGUAUUCACAAACCACGCUAAAUUACACACAUCGAGUAAUAUCUGUCAUGUAUAUAUAACUGAUAAAUGAUAAUUAAAUAGGACUUCCUGACCACUUGUAGGGACAUAGUAACCAUUGGUGGAUUUAUGGCACUUGAUAUCUUCCAUAUUCACUAUGAUAAUUUUGUGUUCGUUUUACACGUACUUCUAACAGUUAAAUCAUAAGGCCAAUGUUUGCAUCCUAUACUUGACGAGCAUCUGUUUAACGCAUACCUAUUUCGUAUCGUACGGAGGUGGGAGGGGGGAUAUUAGGCUUCAGGGAAUCAAUACACAAAUUAAAGGCACUAAGGAAUUUUUUAACUCACAAGUCAGAGGAAAACUGCAAUUUAACUAAAUCAGGAUUUGUGAAGUGUGAAUUUAGAGGGGGAGGUGGUAGAGGGAUAUAUCUUAAAGUGAGCCUUAUUAAAAAGCGCUGCUGAUUAGAGGAAACGACUGAAGUACAACAAUGCGUUAUUUGAAAAAAUAUAUGGAUUUGUAUUCUGAAUAGCAUUAGCGUUAGCCUUGUGGCGACAUAGCCAUGUACUUUAAAACAUUUCCGGGUAAACGCAUAAUGUACGGCAAAAGAGGAUUAUCUAAGAGAAGCAUUCUCACACCGACAUAAGCCUUUGUUAAAGAUAAUGCUUUGAAAUCUAUUAAGAGCGGUUUUCAUUUCAGUGUUGAAAAGUAAUUGGUUUUGCAUCAACUACGCGACGCAAUUGGCUAAAACAACUUGCGCCAUUUUUUCAUCCAAUCAGGAGUAAAACCAAAAACAAUUGCGACUCGCUCGCACUCGUUCUCCCUCACUUUGCGUCUGGUACAUGUAAUUACUUCGACUUUCAUGAUUGGUUCACUGUAUUGUCUAUAUCCUUUGUGAAUGGCUAGAGUGGUAAAUUUGGUUUCGAUUUUACGGCACUCGAUUGAAAACCGCUCUGUAGAAAGAUGAUUGAUUGGUUUAACGUUGUCUGGUUGUCAGGCAUCACUAUACGGGUCGUGACAACAUCCAGUUUUUUUACGAUACACAUGUAACAAAUGCAUGUAUAUAUAUCUGAGUGAUUACGCAUAAAAGGUGUCCGCCAAGUUUUAACUUAGACUUGGGCAAAGCCCGAUUAUAAGCCCAGCUGGCAGCUUUAACUUGAGGAGGAUUAAGGUCAGGGCCAGACUGGGGAUAUGGCCCAAGGAGUGGGUUAUAGUUAUCUGCUGAUAGCUUACUAGCGGUAGCCUUCAAAAGCAGGGGGAGGGGAUGGUAUCUUUUUUUUUUGUGACACCUUCACCAAACGCCUGUUCUCUAUAAGCGUUAAUAACGUUGAUUUUGAAUGUGUGGAUCCCUGGACACUUUACUCAGUUAUUGCUUGAGGUCGGUUCUGUGUUGAGAGGGCAACCUGCUGGAGAGGCAGUUGUUCCGUGGAAGCAUGACGGGAUAAUCUCCUAACCAGGAGGGUGGACUGCCUUGAGUUACGUGCAGACAUGUUGUUGUGUUAGAAAUAUAAUAUAUAUAGCAUUAAAGGCACAGUAGUACUAAGCAAGUACAAAAAACAAACAAUGUAUUUCGUGAGUAUAUUGUGUAAUUCCUUCUGUUACUUUCACAAUAAUAAAUAAUAAAAUUAAUAAAUUUACCUUUA